CGCGUUUCUAGACCUCCACCAUCUCUAUCACGUGAGAGAAAACUUCCCCGAGCACGUGCCGGUGCCGCUUCCUAAUAAAUACGGACAGAGCAGGAAAGCGUAUAGAAGGACCGGACGUGACAGAGGAGAUGAAAAAGAGGCUCUGCAAUGGCGUCAACAGCGAGAGCUGGUGGCAAGGCCUGAGUCCCGAGAUCUUCGCACUCAUCGUCGCCCGUAUUCCGUCCGACGAGAUUGCUCGGACAAUCCCAUUCGUCUCCCGCUCGUGGCGCGAUCUCAUCGACGGGCCCGACUCCUGGUCCGUGAUCGAUAUCGAGCAAUGGUGCCGGCGCUGCAACCGCACCGACGUUAUCGACCCUGUUGUUCGGAAGCUCGUCCGCCGCAGCAAAGGCAUGGUCCGGUGCAUCUCCGCCUACAAGCUUGGAUACUCCGCCUUUUCUUUCCUAGCAAGCUCUGGGAAACACCUGGAAGUUAUGAAGAUGCCAGUGAGCAGUGUGACUGACAAAAUGGUGGCAAAGCAUGUAGCAUCAUUUUCAAACUUGACAGUCAUAGAUGUCAGUUACUGUUUGCAUAUAACCUGCAGAGGGCUUGAGGCCUUUGGAAAGCAAUGCAAGUCACUGAUCCACUUGAGGAGGAACAUGCCCCCACCAGAAAUCGAGUUAGGUGGAGAAAGCCCCGCCCAGAAGGUGGAUGAUGAUGAGGCAUUGGCUAUAGCCGAUACGAUGCCGGGUCUUCUCCACCUUGAGCUCUCAUAUGGCCGCUUCACUGAUCUUGGGCUUGAUGCCAUCCUCACCAAGUGCAAGGCACUCCACCACCUUGACAUUCGAGGGUGUUGGAAUGUGAAACUCACAGGUGAUCUUGAGGAGAAGUGUGAAAUGAUCGAUAUCUUUAGAAGCCCUUGGGAUGAUGAAUAUGAUGAUGCAAGCUCCUCAGAUGACGGCAAUGAAGCAGCUACUUCCUCCGACUUUUCGGAUUAGUGAGGUUCUUGGUCUAACCAGUUUUUGCUUUGACAAGCUUUUAUGAGAUAUAUACUAACAUGUUUUUUGGGAUAUACUCCAUAGUUAAAUUCGAGAGUUUAUACUACAUGUAAAUAUUUCAGAUAUGUGCUCAUAUAUGUGAGGGAGUUGCAGAGUAUGGUAAAAUGAAAUGACUUCAGUGCUUUGGGAAGAAUUCGGAAUGCAUUAGAUAUGUUUACAAUUUCCCCUUUUCUACUAGUCUAAUACAUGAAUAUGGUUCUUCCUUCUUA